CAGUGGGGUUGCUGGUGGGACUCCUUCCAGGCGCCGUCCAUCAGCAUCUCCCCUGGACUCUAGCACACCUCACCAGAAGAGGAGCUCCAUUUGAAUUACACGAGGCAGCCAACAUUCAAAUACUCGGCGCCUCUCCCCGAUCAAGUGAACGUCUCAACCCACUGGUAUCGCAACCGAUUACAGACCAUCGAAGUUCUCGUCGCCACCAAAGACCAUCUCAUCAUGGACAUGUUCAAGGGUUUCCAGAAGAACCUAGGUUCUUGGGGUGGGCAAAUCGCCCCCAUCGCGUCGCGCACUGUUCAAUUCACCAAGGAGCAGCUGGGUCAGGCCGAGGAUAAGACUCAAUUGCCUGCCGAGUACAUCGAGCUCGAGAAGCGUGUCGAUGCGAUCAAGGCUGUUCAUCAGAAGAUGCUCGCUGUGACCUCCCAAUACUCGCAUGAGCCCUACGAUUACCCUCCCAACAUCAAGGAGACCUUCCAGGAUCUCGGCCGCACCGUCAGCGAAAAGGUUCAGCUUCUGUCGUCGGCAACCUCGACCGCUGAGGCGCAGGCUGCCCUCACUGCUCCUCCCAGCGCCAAGCCGCAGCCCAAGACAUUCAACCAUGCUAUCGCCCGUGCCAGUUUGGCGAGUAGCCAGCUUCUGCACCAACAGCAUACCGGUGCUGGAGAGGACCCUUUGGCCACGGCUCUUGAGAAGUAUGCCCUCGCCAUGGAGAGCGUUGGCGAGGCUCGUCUAGCCCAGGACGCGCAGAUCCAGAGUCGCUUCCUCGCUGGAUGGAACACCACGCUUAACACCAACCUUAAGUUUGCCACGCGCGCCCGUCAGAACGUCGAGAAGGCCCGUCUUAACCUUGAUGCCGUCAAGGCGCGCGUCAAGGGUACUACCUGGAGGUUGCCUGGAACCGCCGCCUCCGCCCACGACGAGCAUGAGCUCAGCCCUGAGGCGCAAGAGGAGAUUGAGAAGGCGGAGGACGAGUUCGUCACCCAGACCGAGGAAGCUGUGGCUGUUAUGAAGAACGUGCUCGAUACCCCUGAACCGCUACGCAAUCUUGCCGAGCUCAUUGCUGCCCAGAUGGAAUUUCACAAGCGGGCUCACGAGAUUCUGAGCGAGCUUGCGCCCGUCAUUGACGGACUACAGGUCGAACAGGAGGCGAGCUACCGCAAGAGCCGCGAGAAUGCUUAAACACUUCAGAUCUUGGGAAGAAGGAGAGAAGUUCAUCAGGUAGUAUACGCGUCGACGGAAGUGACACGUGGGAUUCCCUACGAGCUAUGAACUCGGAUACCCUAGGUACAAGGCACCAUGGGUGAUAAUGGCAUGUUUGGGCGCUUCGGUACACUAAUCAUACCAUGUCCAUAGACUUGGCCAUUGGUGACGGACCAGACCCUGUCGAUUUGUUUCUUUCACUAUACCAGAUAUGUUAUCAAAUCAAAUGCUCGCUGAACUAUCUGCUUGACUCCUAUCAUCAUUAUAGCUUGCCACCUUUUGCGAUUGAAGAAGUCGAAUGCGUCGAGGGCAGCACCUCUGGUCUUUAUGUCCUAAAUCAACCAGAAUCCUUUCAUUACCUUUACAGAC